AUGAAUACACCUGAAGGAACACGAAAUUGGCUGUUUUACACCUUCCUUGGGGCAAUAGCAGAUGCUCUGGACGUAAUUUUGACAUUCGUGAUACCGGACAAGAGACCACAGAGUUGUCUCCAGCCGUCGGACGUUGACCAGCUUAGCAAUGAGACAAUUCUUGCGCUCAGAACGAACGGUUCCAAAUUAGACCCAGACUCCGGUGUUGUCAAACUGACGCCCGGCACCGUCGCAAAGGCUUCUCAAGACUUGGACGAAGACGCCGCAGAUGCCUCAGAAGCGAACGUACUCGACCUCUUGUUCGCGGAGACGACUAUCCCCGUCCCACGCAUCCGCCGCGUCGUGAAACGCCAAUGGGACUUCCUAAUGAUUAUGGACUACAUCCCAGGUCCAACACUAGCCCAUGUUUGGCCAACUCUUUCGACGUGGCAGAAAAUUCAUGUGGCUUUUACAUUGCGCCGCUACGUCCGUCAGCUCCGUUGCCUGAAAGCGUCUGCUACGACGCCGCCUGGCCCACUGAGCGCACAAGGAACCAGGAUAUGCGAAUCCCCCAUCUUUGGUCAAGUUCAAUCUCACCGCGGUCCAUUCGCAUCGUAUUCUGAGCUCUCGGCUUUCUUCAACAAGCGCCAACAGAUGGCGAUGAACGCCGAGAAGUUGCCUCGAGAUGACCCCUCGAGGGACGACUUAUUCGACAAUUCCGAACCGCUCGUUCUGACACAUCAGGAUCUCAACCUUCGAAACAUCAUCGUGGGCGAAGAUGGCCGCCUUUGGAUCAUUGACUGGGCAUGGGCAGGAUAUUAUCCGCCGUGGUUUGAGUACGUGGCGAUGAAGAGGCAGAAUGAGGAUAAAAGGCAUCAAUAUUUCUGUUCCGGAGUUCUAUGGGAUACUUAG